AUGUUUGAUCAUUUGGUAGGAGAAAGCUAUGACGCGAAUGUAUCGUUGUUGGGCAUGAAACAACGUGUUCAGACAGCAAUUCAUAGAGCGCAGGCGGUAUUGAAACCACUUCUACAGUCUUAUGAUGAGUUUACGUCAUUUACUGAUAAUAUUGACCACUGCUUAAAUGAAAUACAUUCUGAUCUUAGUGUAAUUUCAACCUAUUCAUCCAACGAGUUCGUAAACACUUUAGAAGAACUACGUGAUUUAAAUGAAAAUCUAUGGACUAUCCAGUCACGUUUGGGUUCAUGUUACUUAUUCAAUGACUUCUGGAAAUUUUCCUGUAAAUCAAACAUUCUUGUACAACAUGAUAUUCAUGAUCAUCAUAGUAAAGAAUUGGAUGUCAAUAUAUCAAAAUGCUCCAUUACCAAUUUAAUUCAUUUUUCUUGUGAACUUCGUCAGAAAAUUCUAACUAUGAUUCGUGAUUUAGAAUCGGCAAUAAUUAACAAAUCAAAUGCAAUUAUAGUUAAAACAAAACACUUGUCAAUUUACCAUGCAAAACAACACUUAAUUGAUUCAACUAUUCCUUUUAUUGUAGAAAAAGACAAAGAAGUGAUUGACAGUAUGAUCUCAUCAAAUGACUCGAUACAGUUGGACAACUAUUAUCUCGAUACUGCAGCUGGUCAUUUACGCUCACGUUCUUUUCACGGUUCACUGUAUUACACACUUUUCUCACAAACUUAUUCUAAUAUUUUACCACAUUUUAUAUUCAGUAUCGAUAAAUGGUCAUUCGGAAGAUGCUUCUUAAUCUUCUUACUUAUUUUUAUUGUAUUUAUUCUAUUUGAAUCGUUCUUUGGUGAACGUUCCAUAAUUUCGCUAAAGUCUCUUGGUAAUGGUUGUCAUAGUGAUGGUCCGGUCGUUGAACUAAGCACAAAUCAUUUAGUGAAAUUCUUUACCUGUUUUCAACUUCCCAAUUCAAACAAUGUGGUUUGGUAA